ACGAAAGUCUCGGACGAAGCUGUUAUUGUUCGGUUUGGAGAGUUUGGGACAGCCGGUGCUUUGUCUUUAUUUUGGGGGGUGUAAGCUACCACUAGCAGGCGUAUUCCAUUCUAAUACAAAUACCUGCAUGCUCGGGCUGAGGUUUAUUUUUGAAUGAUAUAGCAUUAUAUUAAUCCUGGUAGUGGUAAGCUAACAAGUUAAGUCGCAGAGUAGCUGAUGGAUGCGCGGGUAUCGGAGUUAUUUUGCUCAGGAAAUGGACACGGCUCCGGAUCUCAAAGUGCUGCGGCCAACGUCAAAGCGGGAAAUGGCUAUGGGGUAGCCCCCAAAAAAGCUUGUGUAAAGAACAACAAGAAAUCCAAGGCUCGGUUCUCUCGCAACUUCAAACCAAGCAAUAACACCCCAUAUCUACCUCCAGAGGCUGAAGAGGGAAACAUAGAGUACAAGUUGAAGCUGGUGAACCCCACACAAUACCGUUUCGAGCACCUGGCAACACAAAUGAAAUGGCGACUGCAGGAGGGUCGAGGCGAAGCUGUCUAUCAAAUAGGUGUUGAGGAUAAUGGCAUGCUGGUGGGACUGUCAGAGGAAGAUAUGAAGGCGUCACUGAAGACACUCCACAAGCUGGCAGAGAAAGUUGGAGCUGACAUCACUGUUCUCAGAGAGCGAGAAGUGGACUAUGACUCUGAUGUGCCUCGUAAAAUUGCUGAGGUUCUUAUUCGCAAGGUGCCAGAUGACCAGCAGUUCUUGGACCUGCGAGUAGCCGUACUGGGUAAUGUGGACUCUGGCAAAUCCACUCUAUUGGGUGUUUUGACACAGGGUGAGCUGGACAAUGGACGGGGAAGAGCGAGGCUCAACCUCUUCAGACAUCUGCAUGAGAUCCAGACUGGACGCACUUCAAGCAUCAGCUUUGAAAUCCUUGGCUUCAAUAGUAAAGGAGAGAUUGUGAAUUACAGUGAGUCUCGGACAGCAGAGGAGAUUUGUGAAAGUGCCUCUAAAAUGAUCACAUUCAUUGAUCUGGCGGGUCACCACAAGUACCUGAAGACCACCAUCUUUGGCCUCACCAGCUACUGUCCAGAUUUCGCUAUGCUGGUUGUCAGCGCAAAUACUGGUAUUGCUGGUACGACACGGGAGCAUCUUGGAAUUGCCAUGGCCCUAAAGGUGCCCAUCUUCAUCGUCAUCAGUAAGGUGGACCUCUGUACGCGGGCCACAGUGGAGCGCACUGUGCGGCAGUUGGAGCGUGUCCUGAAGCAGCCGGGCUGCAACAAGGUGCCCAUGGUCGUAGGCAGUACAGACGAUGCAGUCACAGCAGCGCAGCAGUUCGCCCAGUCACCCAACGUCACACCCAUUUUCACCUUGUCCAGCGUGUCUGGAGAGAGUCUAGACUUGCUCAAGGUCUUCUUCAACAUCAUCCCGCCUCUCAGCAACAGCAAGGAGCAGGAGGAGCUUAUGCAACAGCUAACUGAGUUUCAGGUGGAUGAGAUCUACACAGUGCCAGAGGUGGGGACUGUGGUGGGGGGUACUCUGUACAGUGGUAUUUGCCGUGAGGGAGAUCAUCUUGUGGUAGGGCCCACAGACUCGGGCCAGUUCCACAAACUGACCAUUGGGAGCAUCCAAAGGAAUCGCUCAGCAUGCAGGGUACUCAGGGCCGGCCAGGCUGCCACACUUGCCCUGGGCAACUUUGACCGGUCGCUACUACGCAAGGGCAUGGUGAUGGUGAGUCCAGAGAUGGAUCCGACCAUCUGCUGGAUGUUUGAGGCUGAGAUUGUGCUGCUCUUCCAUGCAAAGACCUUCCACAAAGGCUUCCAGGUUACUGUGCACAUUGGUAAUGUGAGACAGACCGCCACUGUGGAAGCUGUGUAUGGCAAGGAGGAGCUGAGGACAGGGGAGAAAGCAGUGGUCCUCUUCAAGUUCAUCAAGCACCCAGAAUACCUGAAGGUGGGAGCUAAGGUGCUCUUCAGAGAGGGCGUGACCAAAGGUAUCGGCCAUGUCACCAAGUUGCAGCCCAUCUCCCAGUACCGACCAUCCCAAAGCGAUGAUGACGAAGCGUAAAGUUUCUGUGAGAACCAAAACAGAAAACACCGUCCUGCCCAAAAACAAGGUGCUUUACAAAGAACCUCCUGCUUUCUCCAAAGGUCACUCUGCCCUUGUCCCUUUCACAAUAUUUCAUUGUUGUCUUCUUGUUGUCAUCCUCCUCAUUUGUCCUUUUCAGCCUUUUAAAUAACUGCUGAUAUUUUCUGUUGAGGUGUAAAGAGUGUUGCUUUUCAUGCCACUGAUAAGAGGCAGCCGCCUCUUCAACACAUUUACUUAGCAAGACCGCAUCGUUGUAAUGCACAGAUCAAUAAGUGACAACAAGGAAAUUGCUCUCUCACACCUACAUUGAAGUGCUACUUACACAGUUUACACAUAAAUGCACUCCUAACACGCUUGGAUAAAAGAUACACACACUUGCACUGAAACACAAAUGCCAGUUGAUAUACCUUUGGCAGAUAAUCGUUUACAAACUCAACAGUUGCAAGUAUCAGAUGCUUGGACAUCAAGAUGUGACCUGUAUCACUAAUGUCAUUGUUGUCAUCGUCCCUCAGCAGCUUAUCUGUGUUACCAGCAUAGUGCCUGACUGAAAAGAACAAGCCUCUGAUCUCACUGUAUUUGAAUUCUCUAAAUCAUACCCUUUUCUUAGUAACCGCUGAUGUUAUGAAAGCACUGAGAUACCUUUGUGAUUCUCAGACACAGCUUGUUAGUUGUAUAUAAGCUAAACUUCAAGCUAUAUUGCUGAUAAGGGCACUUUAUGAAGGCAAAGGUGGGCAUUAUGAGGUAUGCAUAUUUAGAACUUGACCCAGUUUGUUUGUCAGCCCACCAAGAUAGCUCACGUUGGCAAUCACCUAGUAACUGAUUUUAUGUAAAAUGUCACAUGAGAAUUAUGUUUUUUAUUCACAAACAAUGCCUCACGAUAGUGCAGUGAGAUGGCAAUGAUCUUGCUGCCUAUCUUUCAAGUGCUUUAGUUACUCAGGUCAGUGUAGAUAGUGUAUUAGACAGCAUUCCAUUCUCACAGAACUACUCCGCUGGAGGUUUCUGUCACUGACUUGGGGAAGGGAGGUUUUCAGGAAAAAAAACAUGGGUUGUUUCUCCCAAAGAGAUGUGUUUGAUUGUGGAUUCUAUAUAUGUGAAGCUGCCUGCUGACGCAGCUUUGUUUAAAAGCAAUUAUAUUCAAGAUAUUUGAGGUCGUCUCUUCACUCAAGUUACUGAUGUCACUGACUUUGAAGGGGUUAAUCACAGUGCCUGAUGGAACUACCGUUGUAGUAGCUUUCCAUGACACCCCAAAGUUUUACAUCUUAGUAAAAAAAAUUAAGUUGGUGCUACUCCUUUAAACAGCUUUUGAUACUUAGAGGUCAACUUUGAAAAGUAAUUAACUGAUCCUCUGUUCAAGGCUGCUGUUGGCCUUCUUUUCUGUCUUAUUAUAAUUACAGAUUGUUGUCCCACUGACAUCAUUGAUCGUGGACAACUGAGAUAUGUGCCCUGUUUUGUUGCACCCGCGUUGUUGUUGCGCAGUUUGUGUGCACUCAAAGAAGGAAAACACAUUUUAACCAAAAAAUUUUAUAUAUCCUUUAUGAAGACUUAUAUCAGGUGUUUGGUUUAAUGCAUCUGAGAAGUAUUUUAUAGGUUUCUAGUAGUUCUGGAUUUUACAACUUAUUCAAACACGUUUUUCACUGUUUUCACAGUCUUCUUAAUGACACCAACACAUCUUCACUUCUUUUGAAAUCACAACCUGUUUUCAUUUUAAUUGAAAUUGUAGUUAUUUGAUUAUUAUUGGGGUGAAAUGCAAUAUUUAUGUACAGAUCCAUUUGUGUAUAAUGUACAUGAAUAAAACUUUUAUGGUCUCUUAAGCAGGUGUUUUGU